UCUUUUCCAGCUCGGUUUGAGAAUUAGUUGAUCUAGCUUUUUGCGUGAGUUGAGAUCCAAAUGAGAGCAGGGAAGGACUCCGCAUACAAAGACAUCGGAAACCGCCAUAUUGUUGUUUCUCAAAGUUGGCAGCUGGAUCAAGAACAUUCAUUAUUGUAUAAAGACAAGUCUUACAAGAACAUUCCCUGCCGAGCACCGCCGGGCACAUUGUGCUCGCUAUGGACCGAGUCCUGUACGAAGUGGCAGUACUGACGGCCUACACGAGACGAGCUCCGAACACAGACCCCACGACCACGGGGCUAGCUCACCAUGGCCAAAACCCCAGCUCGCUCCCAGCCUACAGAAUCCCACAAGAAAGCCAAGCCGAGAUUUAUCCGCCGUCUCAUAAAGUAUGUCCUUCAGUUUUUGAAACAGAGUCAUCGUCGGCUUUUCUGUCAAAUUACGGCUUUUUAAAGAAGAAUGGGUACCUGUUUGAUAAUAUAUUUCAACAGCAGAAUGGGUAUGAUAACAUCACUCAGCAGCAGCAGCAGCCGCGGUUCAAAGGUCGAGAUUACUCCUUGUCUAGCGUUGAUGAAUCAGCAUUUGUUGUAGAGAGACCCUCACAGAAUGCGGAACUGUGCUCCAGUAUCAGCGAAUAUCUGUCUGCACAGGACAGCUGUCUCUACAACGACGUGUUCGUCCAGUCUGCAUCAAGUGGAGAGGAUACUGACAGAUUCCAGCCUCCAAUGUCGAAGACAACAACACACCUCACUGCUGCUUCAACAAACCUCACUGCUGCUUCAACAAACCUCACUGAUUCAACACACCUCACUGAUUCAACACACCUCACUGAUUCAACACACCUCACUGAUUCAACACACCUCACUUAUUCAACACACCUCAAUGCUUCAACGCAUCACAAUGCUUCAACACACCACAAUGCUUCAACAGACUUCCUCAAAGACUUCCCCGCUCUUGUAGCUUCCUCCGACAAAGAAGGCGUCUCCAAAGCAGACCUGUCAGCUCCUGUAGAUCCCUCCUCGAACACAGACUUUUUCAACAAAGUAGACUCCUCCUCUAAAUUAGACGUCUCCCCUGCAGUAGACUUCCUCACUACAACGGACCUCUCCGCUCAUGUAAAACUUCCCACAUCGCCAGAAGUGUCCGUUGAGGAAGGUAGACAACAAGACGACGACUCAGAAUCCGAGACUUCGUCGUCUGCUUGUACAGAACAGGAUUCAGACACACCGGGGGCUGGGAAGGAUAACAGCGUCAAAGUUAGGAAGUCAUUUGCCGGCAUCUUAGCUCAGAAAAUUCAAGAGGCGAAAAAUACUCGCUUUGACGACAGGAGUUCCGAUGACCGUAAGUCCUUGACCCUGUGCGAAGUCACAGGUGUAACAAACCAGGCCAGUGACGUAGAGUCGGAGGAUUAUUUCUCAGCCACGAGCCAGCAGCUGGAGCAGACCAGCGAGACGAGCAGCGGGGAAACCAGCAGCAACAGCAGCUGUCCUUCAUCUAGGUCGUGCAGCCAGUCAGACGACUCGGAGAGCGUGAGCCACGGCUCAGAGGACAACUUCGCAGAUGUGGAGUCCCUGGAGACGUCCCAACCGUUCUCCCUGCGCCGGAAGAAGCAGCUGCGUCUGAAGACGUUCCCGACCCCACUGCAAACGAUCUUCAGUCCCGUCGGUCGCCCCGCCCAGAAGUCUGUGUCUGUGUCUGUGUCUGCAUCUAUGAGCGCGGAGGAAUCCUCGGUUGCGUCGAGAGAGGAUGAGAGCUAUCUCGGUAAUGGAGGAGAGAGCAGCUCCCAGGGUCUCGGCGAUCCGGAGACCAGGGACGACAAGAACAGCAACAGUGACAGUGGCGCCGCCUCCUGCAGCGGCGAUCAAGACACGUCAUCGCUACCAUCCACGAGAUUCUCUGACGAUGGAAACGUUAUGGAGACGUCCAAUUUGAACCCGCUUUGCAGACCGUUCGUCCCACGGGCGCUACAAGAACAACAGGCGUCCCUCCUCCGUCUGAGAAGUUUCGGCGGACCUGAGGAGUAUGCCGUCGGGAAAAGCUCACCCACGGGACUCUACGAAGACUCACCAAGCACAUUCGAGGUGACCUAUAACGACAGCGGGUUCGUGAAUCUGACAGGAUUCACCUCAGGCGACCAAAACUCUGUGUGGGUCAGCGGCCACCAUCAGCAAGCCCUCAAUGAGAGCUUGUUCUACUCUGGACACAACACCACUUUUGACCAAUCACACGUUGAAGCCAGCAUCCCGGCAACUGAUUUUGAACACAAUCUGCCUCUCGUCGGAGGUGUGAGCCAACAAGAAAGUCAGCUGUUCACCGACUUGUCCCCUUAUGAAUGCAACGUAAACCACAGAGACGACUUUCGCCCUGUACAGCAGUUUUCCCCCAGCGAUCUGCCUGUGGCGUGCCAAGGAGCGGCGACCUGGAACACGAUAGUGUCAGUGUCACACAGGGUCGUGAGACUCUGUGUCACCAAAUCUACCAGCAGCGUCAACGAUGAACUUUCCAACAAAAAAGCUACGAAAGAUUAUCCAGGCUUUAACUAUCAUCUAUUCGAUGAAGAAAAAGACAAAGAAGAAAAAGAAGAAGAAUUCCAGCAUUACGGGACGGGGUUCGCUCAUUUCAUUGGUCCAGAGUUUGUCGAGAUCAGGACGCAUCUAAAAGUGAUCUCUUCGCCGGAAGAAGCCGGAAAGACCCGAGUGACGUUCAGCUUGGACGUGUCACACGACGGUAAACGACCGGCCGAGUUUGAGUGUGUGGGUCUGGGGGACGGGUUCCGCAGCAACAUCUUCUCACAGAGCUGUGUCUUCACAUGCAAAACACCACCAAGUCUUCUCCAGUUUUCGAACAUGUUCACCGACAUUCCCAUUUACCGCCGAUCGAGCAGUUUCUGCGACUCUUCUUAUUUCUCCGACUCUAGCCCGGAGUCAAGCAUGAGCCUAGAACACAUUCACUCGACGAGCGUAGCUGUAAAAACAGCGCUAUGUGAAUGUGAGCCUGACUCUUGUGUCAAAGAUGCUUUCACAUUCCGCUCAACACAGCAGGAAAUCAAUGUACACGAGCUUCCUGAACUCACAAAAUUAAAUGAUUCAGUAGACCGAACGGAAGAACUGGACAGGUUUUGGACUAGCGGCGCGUCAGAUGAGGACCAGAGGACAGAAGAAGACCAGAGGACAGAAGAAGACGGCCUAGGGUUCCCAAAAAUCGAUCAUUUCCUCGACGAUUCUGAUUCCUCUCAAGAGAGCAACCAUUUCCUCAAUGUCCCUGCUGAUGAUGCUGAAUCGGGAGACGAUGAUGCUGCGGUGACCACGCCCGAUAAAGAUCAGGACAUUGAGCCGAUGGAGGAAGACAUUUCUGAGUACAGGUCAUUUCUAUCACCAGAGGACAAUCCAUUUGAAUACUGUGGAAUAGAUCAGAAAUUCGUCAGACAGGCGUUUGAAUCCGUAAGCUCGUUUGAAUACAAGUCUCCCUCAGAUUCACAAGAACGUUCAUCGGAGUCCGCUGUUUUAAGUACACCUGCUUGUACGACCAGCCGGCUUAUACAGGACAUAGUGGACUGCCCGUCGCCUCUGAGGAUAAUGGAACGGAGGACGUUGGAGACUGAUAAAAAGUCUUGCCCGUACAUGGGGCAGAACCUGUUCGGAUCUGCAGGCGAGUACAGCUGCUUCUCGUCUCACGCCGGGAAUUUUCUCAGCGGAAUCCUGCCCCUAGUCCAGCCCAAGACAUGCCACAACCUGUCGCCCUUCGCUCAACUGCCAGGCUACGGGGGCUGGGAGUACGAGGGUCUGCUCUAUGCUCAGGCUCACCACAGAGAGGACUUCGCCAGCUGGUACAAGUCUACGUCAUGCGGAAGUGACGUCACGGACACGAAGAACGCAGAUUAUACUUCUAUGGCGACAUCUAUGGCGGAGCCGAAGGGUGUCGAGGAGAGCCAGUCGACUUUAUCUCGUAGUCAUAGCGAGACGGAGAUGGAGGAUGGAAGUAACGAUGUAUUUUUAAAUUCUGACUUGUCUCUAUCGCCUCAAAAUUGCCCGCUGGAGGGAAAUUUGCAGAGUAUCUGUGAGAACAGAGACGAGAUGUCCCAACAAUGUUCCAGUGACGAGUUAUUGUUCGACUGCAACGCCCCAUUGGGAGGUGACAAAACGGGAAGUUCUGAAACAACGCUUGGUUUGCCUACCACGGGAAGUUCUGAAACAGCGCUCGGUUUGCCUACCACGAGAAGUUCUGAAACAGCGCUCGGUAUGCCUACCACGGGAAGGGCUCUGCCUUCCACAGGAGCGACUCUGCCUGCCACCACAGGAGGGAAGAGAACUGAGGGUGUAAAGAGCUUUCUUUCAGUUGGCACAGAAGACGCCCUGGACUCGUGGGACACAGACCUCCUCAAUCUGGACGAGAAUUUGAAUCCCCUUCCUCCGUUUGGGUACUUGGAGGAAGUCGUGGACAGACUGGUGGCAGAAGACAACGAUGAUGGCGGCGCAGGAGCGAAAAGCGAGAAACGCUGUCCGUGUUGCACGAAGUCUCCGAAAAUGGACACCCACGCCAUUAUCGUCUCCUUCCCACACGGAGGCCACAAAGUCGUCUCUUCUGGAAGAUUCUCCGCCCACAGACACACGGGCGGUGAGCUGUACGACGCGCCAACGUGCAUGGGCUCGUGCGGUGCACCAAUCAUAGCCCUCCGCGAGGGGGGCGUGGCCUACGUCACUAAUGUGUUGCAUGCUGGGACCGGCAGUGUUAAUGGCGUACCUUCCGGGAUGGGCGUGGCUUACUUCGAUGACUGUCAUUCAUCAAGGGUGCAGACAAAAAAUAUAUGCAAGCUGUAAUAAUAAUUAAUAUAGUACCGUGCAUGAUGUUUCUUUGUUGUCCAUUAUUACAAAAGCAGCAUUGAAAUGGCGAGAACAUUUCCGAAUAUCAGCUGAUCUUUUUAUAUUGUAUAUGACUAGAAUCUUUCUACAGCAUUGUAGCUUUUAAAAAACUGAUUUAGAAUGUCAGUGAAUUUAUUUUUAACUAGAAAUAUUAUUUACGACUAAUAAUUAAUCUAAGAUACUAAAUCUAGAAUCUAUACAUUGUAUGAAAAUCUGAAUUUCUUUAAAACAUACUGUUUUAAAUUGCUAACUUUUAUUAUUGAAAAAUUUUUAUUGUUGAAAUAAAAGAUAUUACAAUUA